AUGCCCCAGUCACCCAGCCAGCUUGAUGACCCCAGCGGCAUCCGUGCUCCGAAAGCAUGUGUACCUUGUGCCGCCGCCAAGGUACGAUGCGAGACGGAACAGGGACAAAAGUUUUGCAAGCGUUGCCUAAGGUUGAACAAGGCAUGUCGGGCACAGCCGCCUGGCGCUCACCGGCGCACGCCACGGCAGAAAGAUGUAACGCGCCUUGAACAAAAGCUCGACGGAGUAACGGCAAUCCUGACUGCCUCCGAGCUCGGGGCGCUGAGAGUCGCCAGCUGCCCGCUGCAACUUCCCAGUCAACCCUGCCUUUCCUUAAACGCGUACCUCGAUCAGUUUAUCAAAAGCGGCGAUGAGACGCAGCUAAUGAUAGAUGUGUUUCGGAAUGAGCUCAUGCCUUAUUUUCCUUUCGUGAUCAUCGCGCCGGACGUGCGUCUGGACGAGCUGCGGGGAAAGAAGCCCUUCCUCCUCCUGGUGAUCAUGAUGGUAGCCUGUCGACAUGACGUACCACGACAGACAGCAAUAGGAAAGGCUAUCAAAGAAAUCAUGGGCCAGAAGAUGAUGACUCAGGGUGAGCAGAGCUUGGAUUUACUGCAGGGACUUCUCGUCUACUUGGCGUGGUACCAUAUCAAUAUCCACCUCGGUGGUCAACUUACAGUCAUCGUCCAUCUAGUCAUGUCGGUGAUGAUUGACCUCGGUCUAAACAAGCACUAUACACCUCGAAAAUACGCGAAGCCCCAAAGGGAGUAUUUUCGCAUGGAUCGACACGAGGCAGCACUGCGAACGUUAGAAGACCGUCGGACUUACCUUGGCUGCUUCUACUUGACCUCCGUGAUAUCCAUGACAGCCCGAGAUUUCGAAGCCAUCCGCUACACCAAGUAUACUGAAGAGUGUCUUACAACAAUCUCUGAAUCAGUCGAGUAUCCAACGGACAUCUAUCUUGUCCAACUAAUCAAGCUGAGCUAUAUCAGUGACAAAAUAAGCCGCACAAUCAUCCAAAGAGAGUGGGACUUGUGCUCAGGCUUGUCUGCACCGAUAGGAGCUUAUGUGAAGUCAAUAGAUGCUGAGCUACGCAAAUGCAAGGCAUCCAUGUCCUUUGACAUUCCUCAAAGCGUGCCACUCCUCAUGAACUACUAUGCGGUCGAGACAUUCUUGACAGAAAUCGCUCUGGAUGACAAUAUUCCUGCCUCGAGGUAUGGAUCUUUCUCCGUCACGCGCCUCGACAUGCUGUUCGCUUGUCUCACGUCUGCGAAACACUUCUUCGAAAUCUUCCAGUCUUUGCCUGCUUCCAUACAUUUCGACCUACCAUAUUCGACAUUUACGAUCGUCAGCCAUCUCUACGUCCUCCUCUCGAAGCUGUCUCUAUGUAUCCACGAUGGGUGGGACCAGAACUACGUUGCGACGUACUUGAACUUCAGCGAUGUAUUGGACCAGUUGUCGAAAAAGGCUGAAGAAGCCAGGGAGCUGGUUAUGCAAACCAAUCAAUUGGCCGAGCCCACUUCUCUCUCGCAUACUCUGCCACGCAGUGUGCCACUGAUCUGGAUGACGGUGGCGGCGAAGAUCCAAGACAUCAAGACUGUGCACGAAGCGAGAAAAGCAGAGCAGUCGAGGAGAGCGCAACCGGAGAACCCGACAUCUGAUCUUGGGACUGAACUGCCCGGGCUGCCGAGUGAGUGUGCAGUGCCAGAUUCGUUUAGCGUCUUUGAGUUCCUCGACGAGCCACUGUGGCAGAACUGGGCAUGA